AUGGACUUCCUUGAUAUCGCUUUCUGGAAGAUAAUGGCGUCUUUGGUACCGACACUUUCUUCUACAAUUUCCCGCCUAAACCUCCUUCCCAAACCCUCACUUCACCACACACUAGGCGCUUUUAGAAAAUCGCAAUUACACCCAAAACUACGAAGACCCACUUGGUCUCCUGUCAAAUCUUCAUUCAGUUCGUUAUCAGCUCUCAUGUCUACUUCGAAGUUCAAUUCCCAAGAGACCCAUAUCGGAAACCCAUCAACUCUAGAUGGUGAUUUGAUUGUUUUGGGCAUCGAGACCAGCUGUGACGACACCGCCGCCGCCGUUGUUCGAAGUAAUGGUGAAAUUCUCAGUCAAGUUGUGUCUUCUCAGGCUGACCUGCUUGCCAAAUAUGGAGGAGUUGCUCCUAAAAUGGCAGAAGAAGCACACUCACAAGUCAUUGAUCAGGUAGUACAGGAAGCCCUUGAUAAAGCUAAAUUAACAGAGAGGUCUCUUUCUGCUGUUGCUGUCACUAUUGGUCCUGGUUUAAGUCUCUGUCUUCGUGUUGGAGUACAGAAAGCUCGGAAAAUUGCUGGUGGUUUCAAUCUACCUAUAGUUGGUGUCCAUCACAUGGAAGCUCAUGCUUUAGUAGCCAGGUAA